GGCUUGGCAAUUGAUGGGCAUGAAUAAAAGAUGACAUGAAACUCUGGCGUUUCUUCACGAUGAAUUAUAUGAUUUCCCAGACUUCUGCUCUUUUAACCUGCUAUUUAUCCAUCUAUCAGCCAUACUACACAUAAUAUGGCAGCGCAAGAGAAGAACCAGGCCGAGUUGGAGAAGGCAUCCAAGCUGGCAAAUGUUCCGCACUGCGAACAAUACGAGAGGAUGGUCUCAGGCAUGCUAUAUGACUCACUCAUUCCAAAACUCACAAAUGCUCGUCUCGCAGCUCGAAAGGCCAUGAACGAAUACAACACCUGGUUUCCGGAAGGCGACGACUUCAACAUCGAGUUUAUCACCAAAAGGCGCGCUGAAAUGCUGAAAUCGUUCCUUGGACACGUGGAAGACGACGAAGUUUUUAUCGAGCCACCAUUCAGAGUCGACUACGGCCCUAACAUGUCAGUCGGAAAGAGAUUCUACGCCAACUUCAACUUAACGGUCUUGGAUUCAGCUAUCGUUACGAUUGGCGACAGGGUUAUGAUUGGCCCAAAUGUUAUGAUCUCGACAGCGACGCAUGAAACGGAGGUCGCAAGCCGCAGGGCCUGCAUCGAGUAUGCGUACCCUAUCAACAUAGGCGAUGACUGUUGGAUCGGAGGCGGUGUUACUAUUUUGCCUGGUGUCACGAUUGGGGAGGGAUGUACGAUAGGCGCUGGCUCUAUCGUGACGCGCGAUAUUCCUGCCUGGAGCGUGGCUGUGGGAUCCCCUGCAAGGGUUGUCAAAAAGGUGCAAGCGCUGGGCAAAUUUGAGGAGUAACAAAGCGCCUGGCUCGAGCUGAAAAGGCAAGAUAGCCCCAAGUCGGAGAAAUCGAUCGAUGUUCCUUUUUUGUCUUGAAGCUUUACCACUCUAAGCCCAGUAUAUAAUAACCAGCAUGGCUUGUUGCUCCAGCCGGGUUGCCAACAAUUCAUCCCUGACGCAAAG